AUGGCGGGAACUUCUCUUCCUUCAUCUCUCCUAAGUCAAGGACCCUCUUUACUCUUCUCUUCUUCGAUCUCAGAAGCUAAAUCCCCAAUUCUGAUCACAUCUGGAAACCGCUGUCUUGUUCGUUGUUUGGCUAAGAAGAAAAUCAGUUUUGUCGAUCAGAUCCUCGAUUACAUCGAAGGCGGUCCAAAGCUAAGGAAAUGGUAUGGAGCUCCUAAACUUGUGCCAAAGGAUGAAACUUCAAGUGGAGAUGACGAUGAAUUCGAAGAGGAAGAAGAUGAUGGUGAUGGAGAUAAAGACGCUGUUUUUGUAACGGAUGGAGACAGUGAUUUGGGUCAGAUGAUUAUACUGCAACUGAUUGUGAAAGGGACUCGUGUUAAAGCACUUGUCAAGGACAAAAGAAAGGCUUUAGAAGCUUUUGGAGCUUAUGUUGAGCUGACGUCUGGAGAUGCAAGCGACGAGCGUUACUUGAGGAAAGCUUUUAAAGGCGUUGCUGCAAUCAUAUCUCCAACGGAAGGUUUCUUAUCGAAUGUCAAGAGCUUAAGAGGUGUAAAACAUGCAGUUCUCUUGUCUCAGUUGUCUGUUUAUGAAAGCAGCGGCGGGAUUCAAGCUAUGAUGAAUAACAAAGCGAAGAAACUGGCCGAGGGAGACGAAAACGCGGUUAUAUCUUCGAAAGUGCCUUAUACAAUCAUAAGAACAGGGAAGCUGGAGGACAGUCCUGGAGGGAACCAAGGAUUCAACUUUAGCAAAGGUGCUGCAGCCAAAGGAAGCAUAAGCAAGGAAGACGCUGCUCGUAUAUGUGUCGAAGCUCUAAGCGUGGUUCCACCAACAGGAUUGAUAUUUGAGGUUUCGAAUGGAGAAGAGGCUGUCUCUGACUGGGAAGGACAGUUGAUGAAAGUGAUGCAGAAACAGAGUGAAAAGAAGUAA